AUGGAUCGGGUGCUGGGGGUGACUGGCCUGGAUAUCAACGGGCAAGAAGGAGGCACAGUCGGGUUUACUCGUGGGGGAGGGGUGGAUAGGAUGGCUGCGCAGCUCGGCCGUGGCGGGCGUCUGGACGCUCAACUCGCUGUUCUGGCUAUCGCUGCGCCCAUGGGAUGUCUUCAGGCCCGGGUGGUUGACAAGAGACCGGGAUCGGUUCCUCUGGAGGUUCGCCUCAAACUCCUUCCACUCAUCCCGGAAGCUCCCUGCCGAAUUAGAGCGGCUUGUGCGGACUUCGCGCUCGUCCUCUUCGUAUUGGGGGAAGAGGCUGUUACUGUUGCGGCUCUCCUGGGGGAGAAGGCUGUUCCGGCUCUCAGCACGCGAGGACGUCCGGCUGGCGAGCGACUUCUGAAUCAUGGUUUGUCUCUGGAGCUCCUGGUCCUCGCUGAUCCUAGUAACGUGGAACGUCGGCCGCUUCUUGACGGAGAGGUCAAACUCGGUGGUGGAAUUGGGGGAGAGGGCCAUCUGGGCGACCUGUCUGUACUUUCUGCGCUUAAAGUGCCGUACGAUGAGGUAGACGGCGAGGCCCAGGAGAGCUGCUCCGGCAACUGCGAUGAAUACGACGAGACCGAUUGA